UGAAGGGUGAAGCAACGACAACCAAACUCAACCUUUGGUCCUCGAUUUUGAAAAACAUUCUGUUCGUGCACCUGCCGCAGUGUAAAUUUGUGUAACUUUUUUAAGUUCAGAAAAAUCUUCAGGAGUGAAAACAUGUCACGGUUUUCCUUACCGACAACUGCACUUACUCUACUGGCCUUCUUUACUUCAGAAGCCCUGGGACAGAAUUCGACUGUUGUAAUGCCAUCACCGACUGCAUCUUACACUAUGGCGCCCAUGUCAUCACAAGCAGCACAACCUACAACAAAAGUACCCAACGACACCACACCGACGCAAAGUACCACAAAAAAAGGGGAAACCACACCAACCACAGACACAAAGAAGCCAACUUGUGCGAUGAUUAAGUUUGUGGCAGACCGAAUGUGGAAUGCAUCCCUUGGAAACUCUACGUCAAAAGAGUCCAAAGCUUUGGAAGACAUGACAUCCAUGGCAAUGGAAUACCUUUACAAUGAUUCCAAAAAGUACUACGAUGUUGAAGUAUCAGAAGUCAAAUUCUCAAAUAAAAACGGCAAAGUUGGCGUGGAAGCGAAGUUAUGCUUGGUUGUGAAGAAAAAAGGUGUUUUGAUCGAAGAGGUGUUUACAGAAAAAUUGAAGACUGGUCUCUUUCGUGAUUUGAAGGUUAUGAGUGAGGGUGCUGAAUUUAAACCCAAAGGUGUUGACUUAAAGGACUGGAAAGCCAAAGAAGGCGAAUGCGAAAAGUGUAGUGGAGGUGGCGGUGAGAUCACUAUCGAGGGAAAGUGUGUGCCGGAUGAUGGGUACAGCUGUGACGGGUUGAAGGUGGAAAAGAUGACGAAAGACUGCGUAGAAUACUGUGGCACGGUGGGUAUAACGGUUUCCCUUCUGGUCCUGGCUUUUGGGAUGUUACUCUCGUUCAGUUCGCAGUAGGUGCUGAAUGGAUUUGGACAUUGCCAUGGGGAACAUCAGACCUUCAAAACAGGGGAACAUCAGACCUUCAAAACAAGGAAACAAGAUUUCAGUUACUUUCUAUUUAUGAAUCGAGUAUUUUAGUAGUCAAUAGACAGAAAAGUGAUGCAUUAGAAAUCUCACGUAUACCGGACAAUGUGAUGUCGUUCUUAAACUUUUUUGAAAGAUUUAACUACCUGUUCUCUAAAACUGUGAGUCCAUUAAAUGUUUCAUAUAUAGAUUCCGUGUUGCCAUACUUCUGUUGAGUAAUAGAUUACAGAUGCAGUAAAAAUGCGGUGAGAACAAAAAAGUGACCCAAGAGGCGCAGCCGGGUGCGUCACUGAGCUUCCUAUCACAUUAUGACGUUUUCUGUGAUCUUUUACUGUACAGACCCACGACAACAUCUGUUUGUUUCAUGCAAUAAAGAGCCAAAACAUUA